AUAAAAUUAAUGCAUAUAAAGGUGAUUCAUAUCCUCUCCCAUCAAUUUCCAGAGGCAGGUGGUGAGAAACGAGGGCGCAGGCGUGACAGAAGGGAGAGAGGGAGGGAAGGGCGAGGGAUAGGGCGAGUUAACAUUGAUUUUCACGAACAGUACUGGCUGGCGAGGGGGAGAAGGAGCGAUGUCCAGGCGAAGAGACGACCCUCUGCAAGACCUCCCCUUCGCCCCCGUAUUCCACCCCCAGCCGAGGACCACCUGAGCAUCAGCGGCACAGUCCCAGCUCCCGAGGAUUGGACGAAGCCGGGCCGGAGCGUCAGUGAGGAGGGUGCCAGCUACUUACGCCCGAGACACAGCCCCAGCCCCCCCUCCCCCCACCACCCCCGCCACCUCCACCGCCACCACCAGAGUCGACGCCCAUCACCAGACCCGCCCGCGCCUGUCUGCCGCGAGCCCUCGACUGUGAAGGUGUGUGUUGACCUCGACUCUGAGUCAUGCUACAAGCCGCCGCGCCCCCCGAAGGCUGCCGCCGCUGCUGCCGCCGCUGGCCGACUCCGCCCCGCCUCUGAAGGGCCGCCCCGCCCGCCCUGGCCCACCACCAACCCCUUUGCGGAGAACGAGGACCCGCCCACCGCCGCGCGGAUGAGGAUCAAGAGUGACCGCGACAAGAUGACGAUGCGCAGCGAGGCCAUGCGGUACUGGCGCUCCAUCCACAACAAGUACUCGCUGCUGAACGGGUUCAACCGGCAGCGUCGCUCGGCGCUGGUCAAGAAGCACCGGCAGCGCGUGAAGGAGCGCAACAGCCUGUCCAUCUUCUUCGUGCUGGUGUUCAUGCUGGUGUUCGUGACCAUCCUGGUGGUGGAGGUGUUCUUCAUCGACGAGCACCGCUCCGGCAUGCUCUUCUCCGGCAAGCGCCCCGGCGAGUUCGACUCCCUGGGCGACAUCCCCGACUACUUCAUGGACGACAAGAAGCUGGUGGGGCAGCUGGAGAUCGACACGUACCGGCGCCAGGAGCUGAGCGUCAAGGCCAAGGCGGGCAACGAGGAGCGAUUCUUCCGCAAGAACGUAGACGAGACGCACCUGAUGGCGCGCGUCACCGGCAACCUGGUGCAGAGCGUGCAGGGCCUGGCCAAGGCGGACUGGCUGGCCUCGCUGGGCCUCACGCACGUCACCUACUUCGGCGCCAACAGCACGGCCACGGACGGCGAGUGGCAGCCCGUCUACCACACGAGGCACAAGUUCUUCGUGUACUCGGCCUUCUACGACGACCGCAAGGGCCGCAUCAUCCGCGUGGUGGGCGCCACGCAGACCAAGAAGAGCGACCGCGUGUGGUGCAAGUACUGGUACAACAACUCCAGCACGCUCAUCGUCAACGGCGCCAUCAAGAUCAUCCGCGAGAACUGGAACCUCAAGUUCUCGGCGUGCUUCAUCGCCUGCCCACUGACCAUCUACCGCAACGGCAAGCAGCCCAUCCCGCCGCCCGAGAGCGUCUCCCUGAUGGCGGACCCCGGCGGCAACGCCACCAACAAGCUGCGCGUGCUCAACCUGGACGUGGCCAAGGACGAGGUGCGCGACACGUUCGCGGUGUGCGUCAAGCCGCUGCACUUCGACUACAACAACGUGAACCAGAUGAUCGAGUUCGUGGAGCUGAACCGCCUGCUGGGCGUGGAGCACUUCACGCUGUACAACCACACGGUGGGGCCCGGCGUGGACUGCGUGCUGCGGCACUACGCGGCGCAGGGCGUGGCCACCGUGCUGCCCUGGAAGCUGGACAUCAAGAGCCAGAAGGAGAUCCGCACGGAGGGGCUCUUCGCGGCGCUCAACGACUGCCUGUACCGCCAGAUGUACCGCCACCGCUACGUGCUCAUGAUCGACCUCGACGAGUACAUCGUGCCGCACGCCAACGCCACGCUGCCCGCCCUGCUCAAGUACCUCCACACCAAGGCAGACGCCAACAAGGUGGGCGCCGUCAGCUUCCAGAACUCAUUCUUCUACCUGCAGUGGCCCGACGACCCCAACAGCGCCUCCCUCCCACCCCUCGUCACCCUACGGAAGACUCGUCGCCGGCAAAGGUUCCAUCCACACAAACAGCGGUCCAAGUACAUUGCCGUGACGCCCUAUGUGGUGGAGGCAGGCAACCACUUCGUCUGGGAGUUCUUAGCGGGGCGCGGAACCCUCAACGUGCCGAACGAAGUCGCCUUCCUACACCACUACCGCGUGUGUGAGUUCGGCGGGGAUGACUGCGUUCGGAACCCGCGCAUUACCGACACCUCCAUGUACCGCUAUAAGGACCAGCUCAUCGCCUCCUUCACCAGCACGCUCCAUCAACUGGCCUCGUCCUGUCCCCUCGAGUCGACCGUGAAGGACAAGGCUCUUUGGUCCCUGGUGUAGUGGGUUGUGUCGGGGUGUUGCUGUGUUUGUUUUGUUGGGGAAAGUUUGGGGUAGUUUGGGAAUGGGUGUUUUUUGGGGUAUGGGUGUGUUGUUUUGGGGGGUAGGAGAAGAGGAGGAGGAGAAGGAGAGGGUGCUCGUCUACUCAUGCAGGACAAAUAUGUGUUCUUGAUUCGUUAUGCGAGAAUCAAUCACUGUCUUUCUCUCUCUCUUUCCUCUUUUUUCUUGUAUUUUUCCCCUUUCUUUAUGUCUCGCUCUCCUCCUCUGUCUCUGUCUCUCUCUCUCCCCUCCUCUGUCUUAUCUUCUUCCGUCUCUGUUAUUUUCUUUCUUUCUAGUCUUCCCUUUCCACUGUCUUCCUUUCUCUCUUUCCAUCUCUUUAUUCCCUCUCUUUCUUUCCGUCUUUUCACUGUCUACCUUUCUUUCUCUCAUUCUUUCUUUAAUAACUCGCUCAAUCUAUAUCAUUCAAUCGCUGUUUACGCGGUUUUUCUCUUCCCCUCACCACUGCCCACGUGUCAAUUGUUUACAAGCACCAGUUGUUGUCCACGUGCUGUUUGUUUACAUGUAUCAUCUCCCCCGUGUGUCAUUCGUUUACGUGUACAAGCUGUCAACGAUGUAUCUUCUCAGUUCACGCGCUCUCGUUUGCUCUAUGACCCGGAUUCUUAGUCGUCUUGGCGCCUCGGUUCCUCUGUUAGAAAAACCUCUCGUAGUGGAAGUUGCUGGGAUCUUCAUGGACUGUCUUGUGAUGCCGGUGAUACUUUUACACGACUUCCACAUAUUGAAAACCAGGCUAAUCUAUUUCUUAAGCGUCUCGGCCCCUCAGUUCGCCUGUUUUAAAAGCCUCUCGUCGUGGAAGUUGCUGGGGUUUUCAUGGACUGUCUUGUGAUGGCAGUGAUAGUUUUACACGACUUCCACAUCUUGAAAACCAGACUAAUCUAUUCUUAAGCGUCUCGGCCCCUCAGUUCGCCUGUUACAAAAGCCUCUCGUGGAAGUUCCUGGGGUUUUCAUGGACUGUUUUGUGACCCCAGUGAUAGUUUGACACGACUUCCACAUCUUGAACGGGGAAAACACCCAUGAAAACCCGGUUAAUCUGCUCUGAGGCCUCGGGAAAUAGUCGUAAUGGGACCCCAAAACGUUUAUACCCCAUGAAGACCCGGUUAAUCUACUCUGAGGCCUCGGGAAAUAGGUCGGUGUUAUAAGACACUUCCGCUUUUAACAUCAUUUCUAAAGGUCAAAGAGGGGGUCAGUCGGGUUCUAAUGAGUGUUUCUUUAGGUUCAUUGUACAGAGGAAGGGUCAAACUACCACCAGGGUCAUAAAACUACUCCUGGAAAUGCCCACAACUCCUAUGAAAGCCUUGCCAAAUUUGUGUUCUUGCGCUAUGUUUUAUAAUACGACCCAUAUAAUCAUAAUGGAACCCCGAGACGUUUAAAAAUCAGGAAUUAUGUGUCACCUCUCCCCGUGUCGCUUGUUUGUUUAUGUGUCAGGUGCCCACGCUGUUCUGUUUACAUGUAUCAGCUGUCCGUGUACCGUUCCUUUGUUUACAUGAAGCUGAUAUCCACGUGUGUUUGUUUACAAGUGUCAGCUGAUGAGACCAUACGACAACCUGUUUUAACUUCUUUUAGCGAGGCAUUGAAGAAAAAACCUCAGGAGUCCCCCAAGAACCUAAAGACGUAGAUUCAUGCUCAAGAAACCAAAGAAGAUAUCCACAAGUGUUUGUUUACAAUUAUCAGCUGAUGUCGAGACCAUACGAUAACAUGUUUUAACUUCUUUUAACGAUGCAUUAAAGAAAAAAACAACCUCAGGAAUCCCCCAAGAACCUGAAGACGAAGAUUCAUGCUCACGAAACCAAAGUAGAAUUUACAGAGGCAAUCUAAGCUGGUGGUGGUGAUGGUGGUGGUGAUGGUGAUGGUGGUGAAAUAGGAGAAGAGAUGGGAGAUAAAGAAGAGGAAAACUAGAGAGGACAAGGAAGAGGAAUGGGAAGAAGAGGAGAGAAGAGAGGAAAAGUUAAAAGCAUAGGAAAUAAUAGAAAAUAAAUCCGUAAUAGAGUUUCCACGCGUACUUUCUCUCCUCCUUUCCCAUCUGAGAGGAAGAGGAAGAGGAAAAGGAAGAGGAGAGGAAGGAAAUAGUGAUAAAAGUGAGAAGAAUAGAAAAAUAUGGUAAAUAAAUGAAUAAUGGAGGAAUUCUUUCAUCCUUAUUUCCUCCCUGUCUCGUAUCCCAUUCAGACGAAGAGGAAGAGGAAGAGAGGAAGAGAAGAGGAAGAAAAACAGCGAACAGAGAAGAAAAAUAACAGGAAAAUGAGAACGAAAAUAACAAAAACAAAAGGAAAACAAAAAAAAUUAACCAGCCGAGGAGAGGAAAGAGAGAAAAAAAGUUAAAAAAUAGAAAAACAAGAAGAUUAAACAGGGAAAAAACGAAAUGAAGAGGAAGAGGAAGAGAAAGAAUAACAGUGAAAAGAGAAGAAAAAGAAGAGGAAAAGGAGAACGAAAAGAACAAAAACAAAAGGAAAACAAAAAAACUAACCAGCCGAGAAGAAAAAAUAGAAAAAAAAGUAAAAAAAUAGAAAAAAAAAGAAGAUUAAUAGGAAAAAAACGAAAUGAAGAGGAGGAGGAAGAGGAAGAAAAACAGUGAAAAGAGAAGAAUAAGAAGAGGAAAAUGAGAACAAAAAGACCAAACACAAAAGAGAAGAGGAAAUAGAAAAAAAAAGUUCAAAAAAUACAAAAACAAAAAGAUUAAAAUGGAAAAAACACGAAAUGAAGAGGAAGAGGAAGAGGAAAACGAAGAGGAGAGGAAGGAAAAAGUGCUAAAAUUAAUAAGAAUAGAAAAAUAUAGUUAAUAAAUGGGAAAUAGGGUUGUGGGGGGUGAAAACUAUAUUAGACAUGGUAACACUGCAAUGGCGUGAUAUUGGGCUAUUGAUUUUACUGAUAGUCUGAGGGCUUGUGAGAUACGGAAGUUAACAGCUGAUCAGUGUUUAAUAUUAUACAACGGGUGAAUAGUAAUGAUAAUAAUGAUGAUAAUGAUAAUGAACGAGAAUGAUAAAUAAUACGUUUUUCUAAGGGUUGUUUUUUUGCGAUAAUUCUCGGUUUUAUCUAAUUUAUAAUCACGCUAUUGUUGUUGUUGUUGUUAUUGUUAUUAUUAUUAUGAUUAUUAUUAUUAUUAUUAUUAUUAUUAUUAUUACUGAAUGUUAAAUAUCGCACAAAUCGAAAUAUAACCUUUAAAUAUAUCGCUUUAAAUCACUGAUGCUACAACUACUACUACUACUACUACUACUACUACUACUACUACUACUCUUACCACUACCUUACGAUCACCACCAACACCACAAUCGCCCUAAUACUGGUUGAUAAGAUCUACCACCACCACCACUACCACUACCACCACCACCACCAUUUUCAUUCAUCACCACAACCACCACCACCACUAUUCCUGCCACCACGAUCACCACCAUCAUCGUCAUCAUCAAUAGUAGUAGUGGUGGUGGUGGUGGUGGUGGUGGUAUAUCAUAUCAUCAAGGGACACUCAUUAUUGCAACCUUAUCACCACGACCACCACCACCAUCAUCACCACUCCGACCACCACCACCACCUCCACCGUCAUCACCACUCCGACCACCACCACCACCACCGUCAUCACCACCACCAACACUAAUGAUUUUAUCGCCAUCCACCACCACCACCACCACCACUUUCAAUAGUUAUUUAUAUCCUCCCUCCACUUCAGAAAUCAACUCCACAAUCACUUAGGUGGAUUGGUGGUGGUGGUGGUGGUGGUGGUUAACAUCAAUGAAUAUAAUAAUGAAAAUUCAAAUCUACACCCACUGUCAUAUUUUACGGGCAUUUAAUAUCUCUCACAAACUCACUGCGAUAAAAAAGACGCUAUUUUCCUGUUGUUUCGUCCUUUCUGGUUUGUUUAUCAGUGUGUUUCUUUUAAAUCAUUGCGAUAACGAAGUAUUUUAUUCCCAUUGUUUCGUACCAGUCUGCAGCAGCCUUCCCUCGUCUGUAUUUCCUCCUGCCUACGACUUGAACGCUUGCAGGAGGAGGGCAUCAGGACACCCCCCCACCCGCGAUGCCAAAUUAUCGUACUGAACAUUGUAUUAAUCAUUUUUAAGCCUCAAAACUCUCGUACCUAACCAAAUAACAACAGAAAAUUAAAGUUAGCGUUAAAACUGUUAUUUACUGUUGCUUGUUUGUUUCUUUUGCUAUAAUUAUCGGUCAGAAACCACGAAAAUGCGAUGCGAUGAGUACGACAAUUUGACAACGCUGCUCUCAACCUUGACCUCUCGUUCUUUUUUUUCUUUCCCCAUAGUAGUGUUUAGAGGGAUUUUAUUAUUGCUGUCUUUGUGUUUUUUACCCUAGAGCUGCCUCCCUUUGCUGUUAAAAAAAAAAGACUGGUUCCUGUAUCAAUCGGUUUUCGCUUUCUCAUUACGACAGAUAUUUUUUUCCCUCGUUCGCGUCUCUUUAUACGUUUAUAAUUACAGUGAAUGUGUACUAUCAAUCUUUGCUUUACAAUCUCGACGUACUGUUAACCAUUUCACUGUUCAUUCAUUUCUGCAUCAAUUAUUUUACGUUCAUUAACUACCACAGAUUUCUUCCCUCGUCCCCGUCUCCUCAUACGUUUACAAUUACAGUGGAUGUAUGCCUACUAUCAAUCUUUACUUUACAAUCACGUACUGUUAACCAUUUCACUGUUCAUUCAUUCCUGUAUCAAUUGUAUUACGUUCACUCAUUUCGACAUUUUCCUUUCCUCGUUCCUGACUCCUUAUACGUUUACAAUUACAGUGUAUGUCUACUAUCAAUAUUUACUUUACAAUCACGUACGUACUGUUAACCAUUUCACUGUUCAUUCAUUCCUGCAUCAAUUGUAUUACGUUCAUUCAUUACGACAUUUUCCUUUCCUCGUUCGCGUCUCUUUAUACGUUUACAAUUACAGUGUAUGUCUACUAUCAAUAUUUACUUUACAAUCACGUACUGUUAACCAUUUCACUGUUCAUUUAUUCCUGUAUCAAUUGUUUUACGUUCACUCAUUUCGACAUUUUCCUUUCCUUGUUCACGACUCCUCAUACGUUUACAAUUACAGUGGAUGUGUGUCUACUAUCAAUAUUUACUUUACAAUCACGUACUGUUAACCAUUUCACUGUUCAUUCAUUCCUGUAUCAAUUGUUUUACGUUCAUUCAUUUCGACAUUUUCCUUUCCUCGUUCACGUCUCUUUAUACGUUUACAAUUACAGUGUGUGUCUACUAUCAAUAUUUACUUUACAAUCACGUACGUACUGUUAACCAUUUCACUGUUCAUUCAUUCCUGUAUCAAUUGUUUUACGUUCAUUCAUUUCGACAGAUUCAUUUCCUCGUUAGCGUCUCCUUAAACGUUUAAAUUUACAGUGAAUGUGUAGGUACUAUCAAUCUUUACUUUACAAUCACGUAUGUACUGUUAACCAUUCCACUGUUCACUCAUCUCUGAACACAAUCUUUCUUCCCACCAUAACAAUCCGAAAAAAAUAUCUAUUGCAUCAUUAUAUAAGUCAGUAAGGAGGGAGUUUUGCGAGACUUUUUAUAUAUAUUUAAUUUGUCCCUCAUAAUGAAAAUAUAUAGGUUAAGAAUAGGAAAAUGACGCAUAACCUUUUCAUCGCGAGUUCUGUAAAAUGCUUCAGAAUUUCGAUAGGGUGGCGAAUAUGCUGUUUUUACUAUAGUGUUUGUACUUAUGCAGUGAAGGAGCUUUGUGUAAUCUCCGUAGGGCAAUUUACGUGCUAUGUGUAAGUCAGCAAAUAUUUAUCGUUAUUUAUUUCCGCUUCGUCUUUCAUACGUGUAGUGAAGAUGACGGUUUAUUUUUACGUGUGUUUUGUUGAGGAGACAUUAUUUCGCUGAUUAUCCGGGGGCUACUUUUUCACACAUCAUUUUAAUUAAUCAACCGCUUCACACACACACACACACACACACACACACACACACACACACACACACACACACCGCCCGCCGCGUCAAGGUGCUGAACAGUGUGUAUCGUGACCAGACGAUGACGUAACGUUUUACAAUCAAAAGCCAGACAACUUUGUACAGUACUACAGACGACCUGUCACUCAACGGUGGAGGAAUAAACGACGUGCUUGGAUAA